CGACAGACGUAAGUAGCAUUUCAUUACCAUCUCCAAUCUUCAAGCAGCCUCAAAAGCAGGAUUGUACACUCGACUGUUACGAAAGCCAUCAUCAGAAUGCGAUUCGAUGUCGUAAGUGAGAAUCAAACUCCAGAAUCGCGAAGACAGACUGAACAUGGCCAGUCCUCCGCGAUACUCUUCAGCGUUAUGGCCCUCUUCAGCCUGGCCGUGACUGCGUCAAUCCCUUCGCCCAGCGUAAGAGACAUCUCCCGUCGACAAUUACCACACUUCCUCCAGUACUUCAUCAACCCGAUCCGCAUUCCAUACACGCCAUACAAAGGUGAUGGCUCCGAAGCAUCCGGUUGGCCUUCACAGAGCUCCUGGAUGCCAUUUCAACAACUCUGGUUCAUAAAUCAACAGGCCAUAAUUUCUCGAACCUGCGACAACACGGAAACAGAGACUGGCUGGUUACUAGGCGCCAUACAUCAAGUCUCGAUCAGCACAAGCGUCGACCCGCGCUUCAUUCUCGCGGUCAUAAUCGAAGAGUCUCGAGGCUGCGUUCGUGUGCAGAGCACGAGUCUCGCAGUGCAGAAUCCAGGAUUGAUGCAGAGCUACGAAGGCAAAGGAUCGUGUUCUGAUCCCGUCGUCCAGAGACCUUGUCCUUACGCAGAGAUUGCCCAAAUGUUGAGUGACGGGACAGCUAGUAAUGAAGCUGGAGUGAACUUGAAGGAUCUUAUAGCCGCCAGUGGGAAGAGCGAUGUCAGCAAGUACUACAUCGCCGCGAGAAUGUAUAAUAGUGGACCGCACUCGAUACCAGAAGAUGGGGAGCUGAGUGGGCCUGGAGCCAAUCCGUGCUAUGCAGCGGACAUUGCGAAUAGAUUGUUGGGGUAUGUUGGAGGCAGCUGUGGGGUUCAGGCAUAA